UGCUAUGGAAAUACAGACUGCAAGAUCUUUAGUGGUCUACUGGACUGUAACAGAGACAGAGAGGGGGACAGAUACAAUCAACCGGGCCUUUCUUCCUGUUUCAGCCAUUCACACUAAAUCCGAAGCAAAGAGGAAGGUAAGCUGUUCAGCUCAGGAAAAUGAGGGGAUUCACGGUCAUCCUGCUGUGUCUGAUUGUGUUCCCAAAAGGCCAACGGUGCGAUAACAAUGGCUGUGUGACCUCACUGAAACGAGAUAUUCUCAGACUGUUGGUUAAGUGGGAAGAUGCUACCUGUUCCCAGAACGAUCAGGGCUUGCCCCCAAACCUGCUACAGACUCUGCCUCGAAGCUGCAAGGAAAUCAAAACAGCGCUAGAAGGGGCUGCAGAUGGCCUGUAUUACCUGGCCACGGAAGAGGGCGAGGUCUAUCAAACCUUCUGUGACAUGACCACGAAUGGGGGUGGCUGGACUCUGGUGGCCAGCAUCCACGAGAACAACAUACAUGGGAAGUGCACUGUGGGAGACCGUUGGUCUAGCCAGCAAGGGAGCAACAGCAACUACCCUCAGGGAGAUGGCAACUGGGCUAACAACGCAACUUUCGGAUCUGCCAUGGCCUCAACUAGUGAUGAUUUCAAGAAUCCUGCCUAUUAUGACCUUGAGGCACGAGAUUUGGCCAUAUGGCAUGUCCCCAAUAACACUCCCAUGAAGGAGUGGAGGAAUGCUGCCUUCUUGCGGUAUCACACUGAAACAGGCUUCUUGUCUGCUGAAGGGGGGAACCUGCUCAGACUCUACCAGAAAUACCCUGUAAAGUUUGGAGUUGGCAUCUGCCCAGGUGACAAUGGCCCGGCUGUACCAGUUUUAUAUGACUACGGUAAUAACGAGCAGACAUCUUUCUUUUACGCUCCAAAUGCUCGAGCUCACUUUGAACCUGGCUUCAUUCAGUUCCGGGUGUUUAAUAAUGAAAAAGCAUCUAUGGCGCUGUGUGCUGGGGUUAAAGUGAUAGGAUGCAACACAACAGACCUGUGUUGGUGGAGGAGGUUAUUUUCCACAAGAGUCUCCACGGCAAUGUGGCGACUACACUGCCUUUGACUGGAAUGGCUACGGGUCUCACAGUGGCUGGAGCGUUUCCAAACAAUUACUGGAAUCUGCAAUGCUGAUCUUUUAUCACUGAUUGCAAGAUGGCUGACAGGAAGAAGCACUAGAGCCAUUCUGUGGAAAUCUGGGAUGUGGAAGCCUACAAUUCCACAA